UGCAAUCGCUGCUAUCAUGUUUUCAGUAAAGUGUAUUACAACACAUUAUUAUUAUAUUUAUAAAGACAGAAAUAAAGCAGGUCUUCCUUCCCAACAGACUGUCUGUGAAACUGCUUUGCUAGAUCGUACACUUAAGCCCCAUUCGGACCGGAUUUAUCACUCCAGGGGAGGAGCGGUGAUUUCAACAUUACCAGUCAGUGAUUUUAAUCCCAUCUGGGUAUAUGUGGGUAAUGUGUCAUCCCCUCCCCAGUAAUAAUUAUAGUCGCAAGUAACGCUUUUCAGCGGACACGCUGGUCCUCCUGUAAUUUAAAUCCUGUCAGGAGUGAUGGCCAUUUUAAAAUUGGAUCCCUGAGAUUUUCUCCGGGUGAAGAGCUGUUGUGACAGCUCUCCAGCAUGGUUCACAUUAAGGAUGGAUUAUCUUUUAAAUCUCUUCUCAGUGUUUUCCAACACAUUGUUGUCUUCCUUCUCCUGACACACUUUUGUGGAGCGCUGUCAGAGUUGAUUUGUUCACAUCAACCAAUCGUGGCCCUGGUUGGUGAUGAUGUCGUUCUGCCAUGUCACCUUGAACCUCCCAUCAGUGCCGGUUCUGAGAGAGUGGAGUGGACCAAACCUGGUUUGGACCCAAAGUACAUCCAUGUUCACCAAUAUGGACGACUGUUGUAUCAGCUUCAAAAUCCAUCUUAUAAUUAUCGUACAAGUCUGUUUGUGGAUGAACUGACGAAUGGAAACGUCUCCAUGAAAAUCUUCAGCGUGAAAAUCUCUGAUGCAGGAAAAUACUUUUGCAUCCUUCCAUCAAUACACGAGGCAGUUUCCAUCCAACUCACUGUUGGUGCUGUCUCCACGCCCAUCAUAGGGGUUGUCUCAUAUAAGAGUGGAAGUGUAGUGUUACAGUGUGAGUCUGCAGGCUGGUAUCCAGAGCCUGAGGUGUUCUGGCUGGACGGUGAGGGAAAGCUCGUCUCUGCUGGACCUACAGAGACCGUCAGAGGUCCUGAUGACCUCUAUACCGUCAGCAGCAGAGUGACUGUGGUGAAGGGACACGGCAACAACUUCAUCUGUAGAGUCCAACAGCAGAACAUCAACCAGGCCAGAGAGACACACAUCCAUGUUCCAGCUGAUGUCUUCACGAUAUCUUUUAAUUGGAUUUGGAUCAGCUGGACUUUUUUUCAAAUUGCUGCCAUUCUGUUCGUCUUAUUAAUAUCAUGUCGCAAGAUUACUAAAAGAAUCAAGAGGAAACGGGAAGCUACAACUGAGAAUUUAAUAAAUCUGGUCAGGAAAGACGAACAAAAUAUUAUGGCUGACAGUCCAGAGUCAUCCAGACUGACUGGACAAAUGGAUGAACUGGAGAACCAGGGAGCAACUGGGGGAGGAAGAGAGACUGCAGACCAACAUGAAAAGAGAAAGGCAGAACAAACAAAUAAGCUACGAAAGACAGAAACGGAAAAUGAGGAAAAUGUAAAGUGUGAAAAUGGAGAAGACAGAGGAAGUGGAGAGGACACUUCAGCCUGUGAGGAAGAUGGUGUUGUAGGAAUUUCUGAAAUCAAGUGAAUUCAACAACAACAUCUCUUUCAGAGUUUUAUUGCAAUAUUCAAACAGACAUUUGCAAAUGGAUUCUCCCCCAUUCGGCUGAGAGAACGCCUUUACAAACCUGAGUCACCUGACAAUGACACCUAAACAGUGCUGGUAAUGGUAGCUUGAACACUUUCACGCAAAGAUAAACAAAUCAAAGUUUCGCCCUGUGUUCUCAUCUGAAGGACAGACAGUGCUCAUGCAUGAAAGAUGGUGUAGUCCCUCAUUCGUCCAGCAGUGUUCUAUCGUAGAAAAGGUUUCAGUCGUCGUCAUCUGGACGCUGUUUUCAGAAUCAAGACGUUUCGGCUCCCAUCCGGAAGUCAUUCUCAAUUGUGAAAAAAACGGGACGGGAACUUAGAAAUUUAAGCUACUCUGUGUUACAUAAGCCCCGCCCUCAGGAAGGAGUCUACCUGAGUAUCUGUUGAUUAGCUAUUUUCACCUGAAACUGACUUAAUAGUUUCCAAGAUGGCCCAGUAAUCAGUAAUCAAGCCUAUUGUUUUCUGGCUGCACCUCCCUCAUCACUGUUAAGUACCUGAUUAGCAUAUAAUUGGCGUGACCAAGGUGCUAAUACACUGUGGUAAACUUUGGGCAGAUUGAAUCUCAGACCACCAUUUCUGUUCAAAGAGGGGUUUUCUUUUUUCACAAAAAUGGCUUCUUUGACUCCUCUUUCAAACCAACUCUUCUCUCUACUUAGAAUCUUCAUCUCGCUGUCUUCAAAUGUGUGGUUUGUAGCAUGCAUGAAACAGCCAACUUUUAUAAUAAGAGAUCAGUAAGAUAUGAAAUCACACGAGAGUACAAUAAGCUCAAAGAGUAUAAUUUAAUUUUCAAUUUAAUUUUCAUUUUUUAUUAAUUUUCAUUACAGUGAACAGAAAUAAGAUUCCCUCAUGAUACAGCAAGAAGCAUUGAGGAGAUGAAACUUGAACUUCAGGAAGAGCAACACCGAGAAAACUUACAGUAUAUAGCACAAUGCAUGCAGCAUGAAGCAUUUUAUCAUACAAUGUGACUUUAAAACAAACUACUGGAGAUUAUUAAAUCUCUCUUAAGGACAAAAGUCAAGCUAAGUUUAAUAGUUUUUGGAUGACAAUGGAGCUCUAUGGGACAGAGGAAGAAGAUGAUGAAAAUAUGUGUAUUAUUUCAUCUGGUAGUUAAACAUAUUGAAAUGGAUAUGAUUGAUUGUAUGCAGUGCUUCUCAAAGAGAAAUAUUGUACUUUUUACUGCAGCUUUAGUUAUUUUUUCGCUCAACCACAAACAUCUGCAGCAGUAAAAUGCAACACACACAUUAAUGCAGCAGGAAUAUUAAUCCAGAAACAUCAGAUAUAAUAAAACACUGCACAGUAUUUUACUGCACAGGGACGACUUUUACUUUUGAUACUUUAAGUACAUUUUGCUGAUAAUACUUAGAUACUUUUACUCAAGUAAGGUUUUGAAUGCAGGACUUGUUCUUGUAGUGGAGUAUUUUCACAGUGUGGUGUCAGUACUUUUACUGAAGUAAAGGAUGUGAAAACUUCUUCCACCACUGGUGCUUUUUACAGUCAUGGUUAGCUGAAUAAAUACUACGUAUAAGUAGCUAAUAAGAUCAUUUAUACCUGAAUCAAUCAGAUGGAUCAGAGGUGGUUUGAGUUUCUGGGGUGAGUUCAGCACCAUGGACAGAGACAGCGGACGACCAGCGUCUGCUGUAAUUUCACUGUAAAUUAUUUUUUCUACUCUAUAUGUCGUAUUUAUAUAUUUGUCUACACAAGCUGCCAGCUGGUGUCAAUACUAAACAUUAAACCUGAUCUUCCACAUCAACUGCA